UGCCUGGUAACAGGCCUCUCGGGUUACUGCAGGGAUCGCUUUGCCUUGGAAGCCCCAGCUGUUGCCGGGACACUUCAGUCACCGAGGCGAGGGUCCUGGGCAGCAAGAGAGCCGGCCACAAGCAGGGGAGCACUGUGACCACAGCCACUGCGGUCACCAGUGAGGAAGGUAAGCCAGCCUGGAAGUUCGGGGGCCACUCUGUGUGGCCCAGACAGCCCAGUGCACUGUGGGAAGCCUGGAUCCUCCUGCAGGUGAGGCGAGAGCACAGGGAGUGACCCAGAACAGGACUCCUAGCCCCGCGGCCACCAUGCCGGCCACCAACCAGGGCUGGCCCGAGGACUUCGGCUUCCGGCUGGGCGGCUCGGGCCCCUGCUUCGUGCUGGAGGUGGCCGAAGGCAGCAGCGCGCACGCGGGGGGGCUGCGGCCCGAGGACCAGAUCCUGGAGGUGGAGGGGCAGGCGGUGGGUGGCCUGGGCUGGGAGCAGCUGGUGCGCCUGGCCCGCCGCUGCCCGCGGGUGCCGCCCAGCCUUGGCGUGCUCCCGGGCCCAGAUGGCGGCCCCGCGCCCUGCCCCGCAGCCCCGUGUCCCCCGCGCUGCGCCCGUGGCCUCGCCCUGGGCGGUGAACUGCUCCGCCUGGCAGGCCGCAAGCGCCCUGAGGCCGUGCACCGAGAGCGCAGGCGCAAGGCCCAAGAGUUCAGCCUCAAGGUGGACGAAGUCUUGGGGGACCAGCCGAUGGCCAAGGAGAGGGUGUUCUCGGCCCUGAAGCAGUUCGCAGCGGAGCAGAGGGUGGACGACCUGGUGUGGGUACUCACACAGGUGCUGCCCAGAGAGGCCCAUGGACCGGUGCUGGACAAUCUCAGGAUCUUCAUCCCCAAGAAGCACCGGGCGCGCUUCGACGAGGUGGUGUCUCAGGGGCUGCUAGGGAAGCUGUGCUGGGCGCGGCGGGCGCAGGGCGCGCAGAGACUGCGCAGGAGCCGGAGCGAGGAGCGGCCAGAGCGCCUGCUGGUGUCCACGCGGGCCAGCGCCCCCCCGCGCCGCCCGGACGAGCCGCCGCCCCCUCGCAAGGCCACCUCGCUGCUGGGGGGCCGCGCCUGCCCGGGGGGCGCCCGCAGGACAGUGCGCAUCUACAAGGGCAGCAAGAGCUUUGGCUUCACGCUGCGCGGCCAUGGACCGGUCUGGAUCGAGUCUGUGCUGCCUGGGAGCCCCGCUGAGAACGCUUCCCUCAAGUCAGGCGACCGGAUCCUCUUCCUCAACGGGCUGGACAUGAGGAGCUGUUCUCACGACAAGGUGGUAUCCAUGCUGCAGGGCAGUGGCGCCAUGCCCACACUGGUGGUGGAGGAGGGCCUCGUCCCGUUCCCCAGCGACACAGACUCCCUGGACUCGCCCAACCCGUCUUCGGCGCUCACCUCCCUGCAGUGGGUGGCGGACAUCCUGCCAGGCAGCAUCCGUGUGCAGGGCCUCACCUUCAGCCAGCAGCUGGAGCACCUGCUCACGCCCCCCGAGCGCUAUGGCGUCUGCCGGGCCCUGGAGAGCUUCUUCCAGCACAGGAACAUCGACACUCUCAUCGUGGACGUGUUCCCAGUGCUUGAUACGCCCACCAAGCAGGUGCUGUGGCAGUUCAUCUACCAGCUGCUCACCUACGAGGAGCAGGAGCUGUGCCGCGAGAAGAUCGCCUGCUUCCUGGGCUACUCGGCCAUGACGGAGCCUGAGCCCGAGCUGGACCCAGAGCCGGAGCCGGAGCCUGAGCCAGUGCCAGAGCUCCACCGCCACAGCUCCCUGCGGGCCUCCUCCAUGUGCCGCCGCAGCCUCAGCCUCCGCUCACAGGGCUUGGACACCAGCCUGGGCUGUGGGCCUGCAGACUGCCCAGACAUGCCUCUGCCUCUGAUCCCAGGAGAGCGCCAGGCCGGAGAUGGCACCUCCCUCCCCGAGACCCCCAACCCCAAGAUGAUGUCAGCCGUCUACGCGGAGCUGGAGUCCAGGCUGAACAGCAGCUUCAAAGGGAAGGUGGGGACCACGUCCAAGUCCCGGGUCUCUCCUCCAGUGCCCAGCCUGGCAGCCUCAGCAGCACCCAAGAGCCUGUCCAGCAUCUCGUGGUCCAGCGAGCGGCUGCUGCCUUCAUCUUGCUACUACCCGCUGUGCUCCGAGGGCCCAGCCUCCCCCAGCAGCUCCGAGUCGCACCCCUACGCCAGCCUGGACAGCAGCCGUGCACCCUCCCCGCAGCCCAGCCCUGGGGGCCCCCUGGGGCCAACCAGCCCACCCAGCCUGGAGCCGGGCCUCCGUGCCAGCAGCCGGAGGAAACUCUUCACCUUCUCUCGGCCAGUGCGAAGCCGGGACACUGACCGCUUCCUGGACGUGCUAAGUGAGCAGCUGGGCCCCCGGGUCUCUAUCGUAGAUGACUUCCUGAGCCCGGAAAACGACUAUGAGGAGAUGAGCUUCCUGGAGGACCAGGGCAGCUUCGUGGAGAGGAGCAGCCCCAGCGAGUGUGUCAGCAGCAGCGAGGAGGGGAGCUCCCUCACCUACUCCUCAGCCUCCGACCACAUCCCCCCGCCCCCGCUCAGCCCUCCGCCGCCCCCGCCCCUGCCCUUCCACGACCCCAAGCCCAGCUCGCGCGCCCCCGACGGGCCCCGGGGCGCCCCUCCGACGCUGGCCAAGCCCCUGGCCCAGCUGGGUCAGCCUGUGCCGCCCCCGCCGCCGCCCCUGCCCCCGCCAGUGCCCUGCGCGCCCCCGCUGCAGGCCCGCGGUCUGGGCCACCGCCGCGGCGAAACCAGCCACAUGAGCGUGAAGCGGCUGCGCUGGGAGCAGGUGGAGAACUCGGAAGGCACCAUCUGGGGGCAGUUGGGGGAGGACUCUGACUAUGACAAGCUGAGCGACAUGGUGAAGUACCUGGACCUGGAGCUGCACUUUGGCACCCAGAAACCUGCCAAGCCGGUGCCCCGGCCCGAGCCCUUCAGGAAGAAAGAGGUGGUGGAGAUCCUGUCCCACAAGAAGGCCUACAACACCUCCAUCCUGCUGGCGCACCUGAAGCUGAGCCCGGCCGAGCUGCGGCAGGUGCUCAUGAGCAUGGAGCCCCGGCGCCUGGAGCCCGCGCACCUGGCGCAGCUGCUGCUCUUCGCGCCCGACGCCGACGAGGAGCAGCGCUACCAGGCCUUCCGCGAGGCGCCCGGCCGCCUCAGCGAGCCCGACCAGUUCGUCCUGCAGAUGCUGUCAGUCCCCGAGUACAAGACCCGUCUACGCAGCCUCCACUUCCAGGCCACCCUGCAGGAGAAGACAGAGGAGAUCCAUGCCAGCCUGGAGUGCCUGCGCCAGGCCUCUCUGGAGCUCAGGAACAGCCGAAAGCUGGCCAAGAUCCUGGAGUUCGUGUUGGCUAUGGGCAACUACCUCAACGAUGGGCAGCCCAAAACCAACAAGACUACGGGCUUCAAGAUCAACUUCCUAACCGAGCUCAACUCCACCAAGACAGUGGAUGGGAAGUCCACCUUCCUGCACAUCCUGGCCAAGUCGCUGAGCCAGCACUUCCCAGAGCUGCUGGGCUUCUCGCAGGACCUGCCCACCGUGCCCCUGGCGGCCAAAGUGAACCAGAGGGCUCUGAGCAGCGAGUUGGCUGAGCUCCAUGGCACCAUCGCCGAGAUCCAGGCCGCCUGCCAGGUCAUGGCACCCUCAGGCGAGGACAAGUUCGCUGUGGUCAUGGCUUCCUUCCUGGAGUCAGCACAGCCGGUGCUGCGGACACUGGACGGGCUACAGCGGCAGGCAGUGGAUGAGCUGGGCAGGGCUCUGGCCUUCUUCGGGGAGGACUCCAAGGCCACCACAUCCGAGGCCUUCUUCGGCAUCUUUGCAGAGUUCAUGAGCAAGUUUGAGCGAUCACUCAGCGACCUGCAGGCUGGGGAGGGUCUGCGCAGCUCCGGGAUGGUGUCACCCCUGGCUUGGUGACACAGGUAGCCCUGCACUCCCUGCACCCUGAGCACCCUGGACAACAGACCCAAGGAACCUUGAGGCUCCCAGGUUCAAGAAGUGGGGUGUGCGUCUCCGGCUACCUGUAGGGGGCUCCCUCCCUGGGGCGUGGCCCUGCACCAGCCUUCACGGACUUCAAGGUACAGCCGCCAGCAGGUGGAGGCUGAGGUGGCCUCCCUGGGGGUCUCAGACUGCUUCCAACCCCUGGGUGGCUUGUCUGAUACUGUGGAGACUGACACAAGGACACCUGAACCUCCCUCUGGAGCCGCACAGCGCCUCCAGGGCACCUACUUCCAGCCCCGGGACCCUGCAGGAGGAGACAGGCCCCCUGGAACUCAGAGCCACCAGGCAAGGUCAGGCCUGGGGGGCCCAGCGGGACCUGGGGGGCAGCCUGGACCUUCGCGCUGGACGGAACUGCAGCUGUGUUUGAGGGGACCUAUGAGGGGACAGCUUCUGUGGCUGUCCUUCCAGCCCUGGAUGGCUGGAAGGACAGUCCCUCGCAUGGGGGCUUGGCAGAGCAGACGGGGGGUGGGGGGAGACAGACAGGUGAGGGCGGGCACCUUGUCUCACCCUGUUGCUGUCUGCUCUGCUACCUCUCCCACCAUCACCCCUUCCCUUGCUGAAGAGUCUGGGAGGGACAGGCUUGGCCCCCACCUCCAGGACUCUGUCUCCAGAGCAGGUGGUUGACAUGGCUCCAGGGCAGGGCUUGGGGCUACCCCCCCCUUCUCUUUUGCCACCAUGGUUACUGCUGGGGCUCUGAGACUGCAGGAUUCCACUGCUGGGGCUCUUCUUUUCUUUUCUCUCUUUCUUUCUUUCUUUCUUUUUCAGACAGAAAGAGAAGGAGAGAGAGGAGAAACACUAUAGCAGGGCUCCAUCAUCCCUGAAGCUUCCCUGGUGCAGGUGCUCCCAUGUGGAGGCCAGGGGCUCGAACCCAGGUCCUUGUGCAUAGUAAAGCAUGUGCUUUACCUAGUGAGCCACCUCCCGGCCCCUGGGGAUCCCUCCCUGUUCCCAGCCUCCCACCCGCCCUUUCUGCAUGUUCUGUCUUACCACCACCACCAAAUAGUCAAUAAAGAAGCAAAACAGA